CACGGAAGAGUAACCGCGCCAGUUGUUGCUGUUCGCUGAUCCAAAAUGGCGGCCAGUCGGCUAACGGACGCUGAAUUGAGACAGAAAUUAAAGGAUUUGGGAGAGAAUGUAGCGCCUGUUACUCCGACUACACGGCCCUUACUCCUAAAGAAACUCAAAAAGCUACAGCAAAGCCCUCGUGCGAGCCCCAAGGCGACAAGAAAAUCUACUCCAAAGCCAAGGACACCGUCAAAGGGACGAAGUCCGUCUCGAAAAUUGAUCGGGUUUUCUAGCGAUGAAGAGGACGGCGAUUCAGUGUCCACAAGAGAUCGGCGGAGCUCGAUUAGGAGAACAAAUGAUAGUGAUAACUCUAGGGAUGAUAGCUCAUUGAUCGCGUCCGUAAGCGAAAGUUCUAGGACGACGAAAGGUAGUGUUACACGUACACAUAGAACAGUAGAGAAUUCAGACGAAAGCCAUGGCGGAGAAUUCUCAGACACUGAUAGUAACUCCUACACCGGGCCUUUUCAGAGAGGCUCCUUUCGCUUUCGAUCAUUCAGAAGGAAAAAGGAUAGUCCUGAAAGUGAGAAAUCUCGUCAAGGAUCGAUCCUGUCCUAUCCUAAACCUCAAGAAGAGAGGCCCUCUUCCUCUACAGUGUUUGAUGACCCCGAUGGGUUUUAUAGGAGAACCUCUGCCAUUCUUAAUAUGAUUACCGUCUUCCUUAUCGUGGGCUGUGUGUCUUUGCUUCUUAUGUAUGUGUACCAGAGUCUGCCUGACACUGGGAUCAUGCAAGGCAAAGCAUUGCCGCUUUGUAAUGGAAAUGAAGUAAGUCUGAAGAACCUCAGUUGUCUCCCGCUAGACAGAGCAGCAGAGCAGUUUGCAAGCCGGUUAUAUGACAACCUCUCCUUAGCAGCUGGACUGAUUGAAUGCAACAUGAAUGAAUCAGAAACUAGUAAAAAAGUGUCAAAGUUUGAAUUGAAGAAGAAAAUUACUGAUUACUAUAAGUCUAAAGAGGAUGCUCAGAAAAUAUCUCAUCGCAUGCUAGAGCUGAUUAACUCAAAACAGUGGGGCAUGAAAUUGUACGACAAGGAUAACAAGUCGGCAAGUCCUUCUGAAGCCUACUGGAUAGAGGGCACCCAUGCUUACAAGCCGAUACUUUGUCGCUUACGGCAAUCAGCUUCCAAGAUCAUUGGCAUUUUUAUUCUUGUAACAUGUGUUCUAGGUAUCCUAUGUGGAAUAUACUUCCUUGUCCGUCAUCGCUGGAGAAAGGAAGAAGAGGACAUGAGACUCAUGUACACGUUUGUUGAGAACAUCAUAGAUAUAUUGCGUAAGCAUCAUAAUGCUUGCCAGAAUGACAAGGAUCUUCCUCCUUACCUUCCCAUACCUCAUGUACGGGACAUGCUUAUUAAGCCUGCUAACAGGAAAAAGCUUGCCAAGACAUGGCAACGUGCUGUUAGGUUUUUGAGCGCCAACGAGUCACGCAUCCGUGUUGAAAGUCAGCGGAUAGCAGGAGAAGACUUUGAGGUCUGGAGAUGGAUCCAUAUCGCUUCUCCUCGACAACAGUCACAAAAGAUGGGUGCUAUGGGAAGUCCAAAGGGGAAAUUCUGGCAGGGACAAGCAUUUGAGAACUUCCAGUGGGCCGUCAACCCGCCCAUCAUCAGCCCAACCCCCUGCCUGAAGAUCAGGAACAUGUUUGACCAUGAAGUGGAGAUGGAGGAAGGAUGGCAUGUUCUUAUCCAAGAUGCCAUACUGGAGAAGUGCUCAGAUGCUGGUGCUAACAUCGUGCAUAUUGCUGUGGACAAAAGCUCCAAUGAGGGUUGUGUUUAUGUCAAGUGUGACUCACAUGACUCUGCAGGAAUCGCAUUCAAGAGUUUGCAUGGUUGUUGGUUCGAUGGUCGUCUUGUUGCGGUCAAGUACCUCACUCUGAAGCGCUAUCAUCAGAGGUUCCCUGUAGCUCUGUACGCCACCGAGGCAUUGCGGCCCUCUGGACGCAGCCCUUCUUCACUAGUCACAUUUAACCCAGAAGACCAAGAUGAUCAAGAUAACAAUGACUCAGACCUUGAAGUUUAAAUCCUCCCACCCCUCCCCAGGGUGAUCUAGAUAACAAUGACUCAGACCUUGAAGUUUAAACCCUCCCACCCCUCCCCAGGGUGAUCAUGAUAACGUUGACUUCAAUAUUGAAGUGAAACCCCUUUGAUCCUUUCCUAGGGCAAUCAGCAGAACAAUAACAUAGCCGUUAAGGUCUAACCCCUCCCACCCCUCUCUAGGGCGAUGAGAAUAACAAUGACUUGGAUAGGGAAGUCUAACCCCCCCACCCACCCCUCC